GCACUUACCCCGGAAAUAGAAUCUAGGUAAUUCCCUGAGUCAUGUUGCUGUUUAUUUCAGUCUAAUUAACCGUUUAGUGAGUUGAGCUAGCUAUUGUUCAUGAUGGAGCAAACUGUUUCAAAUGUGGAAGUCUGUAAUUUAGCCUUCACUGGUGAAUUUGACAAAUUAAAGGCAUGCAUUUUAACGGAUAAAUCGCUCGCUUGCAAAACGGACCAGGACCAAAGGACCGCUCUCCACUGGGCCUGCUCGGCUGGACACAUCAAGAUCGUAGAGUUCCUGCUGGAUCUGGGGGUGGAAGUCAACCAGCAAGAUGAUGCCAGUUGGACUCCCCUCCACAUCGCAGCAUCUGCAGGCAGAGAGGAGAUAGUGAAGUCACUAAUAAACAAAGGAGCCCAGCUGAACUCAGUCAACCAGAACGGCUGCACCCCUCUGCACUACGCUGCCUCCAAGGACAGAUACGAGAUCGCCCUCCUGUUGUUGGAGAGUGGAGCGGACCCUAACGUCACAGAUAAGCUGGCGUCUACUCCCCUACACAGAGCCUCAACCAAGGGCAACUGCCGUCUGAUCCAGCUGCUGCUCAAACAGAGCGCUUCUACCAACAUACAGGACUCUGAGGGAAACACUGCACUCCACCUGGCGUGUGACGAGGAGCGUGUGGAGGCAGCUAAACUCCUGGUGGAGAACGGAGCCAGCAUCUAUAUAGAGAACAAGGAGGAGAAGACGCCAUUGCAGAUCUCUAAAGGAGGUCUGGCCACACUGCUGCGGAGGAUCGUAGAAGGAGGAAAAAUCUGAUCCAUCUGACCACACACUGAUCCAGUCGACCGUGGUCUAAAGGGGCUUCCUCUCCUCUCCUCAUCUCUCCAUCCUUUCUGCUCAUCUCUCCUUCAUCUGCACUGAUUUGGGAAAACAGGAUAAACUCUGCCAUAUUGCUUUGACCUAUCCUCUAUAUUCUAGUCCUUUACUUUCACCAGUCCAGUUACAGAUCAGUGUAGGAGGAGGUGAGGAGAGGGGAUGAGGAGGAGGCCUCUGUGGACUAUUGAGAUACAGUCUGUAUGAAAGCAUUUUUGUUGGAGGAAAGAGCAAUUCUGACUGGACUGGAACAUGAUAAUACCCUACAGCUACUUACCAGAGCAACCUAUGUUGUUUGAAACUGUUCUAGAAAUUCAGCUUCUUAAACCUUGUUUUUUAAAAGAUGUAAUAAGUUGGUGUCUUAACAACUUGAUUAAAUGAAUCACCUCGUCUAUAUGAUCAUAUCCAGGCCUAUUUAAAACAUGUUUUACUGUCUGAACAUGUAAUAUGAUUUGGUUGUAAAUUCAUUGCAUUCCUUUGAUUCCAAAUACAUUGAUAAUCUGUAACAAGUUACAUUAAAUUCUAUUUUGUGUCAUA